CAGCUUUUAUUGUGCUUAAUGGAGCUCUCUAAAAUACACAGCUGAGCAUUUUUGCGAGUAGAUGCAGAUAUUUGUUAACUGCACAUGCAUUGUCCUGCAUAUUGAUGUGAUAGAGAAAAAUAUCACAUAACAGCACGGGUUGGCCUGGUCGGAGAAAUUCAAAUCCAACAGGCACCCAUAAGCGAUGUUUUUUGAACGGGCUACAAAUUGGCGACGGUGUCCGCUAUCCCGGAUCCGAGUCUGCCGACCGUUGCCAUCUCCCGUAGAUUCACAGAACCUAUCCCAGAUCUUCAUUCCCUCUCCAUCCUUCCAAAAAUAAAAACCGAAUCUUUUGAUUUCCAACACUAGUAGACCCACCCUUCGCUGAACCGUUGCGUGUCCCUCCAAUCUCACUGUAGCGAGUCUGUUUCCCUCUUUGUUUCGAUCUUUUCUUCUCUGACGCCGAGUCUGUUUCGGUGUCUCGCUCCGCCCCUCCUUGAUCCAAUCUCUCUUGGAAUUGAUCGAGAAAACCAGCGACCCUCAUGGAACCCUUCUCCAAACCCCCUUCCUCUCAAGAACCCCCCUCCAUCCCCCCUCCUCCCACCCAAGAGGACCACCUCCAGCUAAUGCCCAAACCGGCGGCGACCGAGAAGCGAGCCCGGCGGCGGCGGAGGGAGAUCAGCUCCAGAUACUUAUCAUCGACACCGUCCAAUUCUUCAUCUUCCACUCCCAUCCCUUCCUCUCUUUCCUUUCUUCUCUCUUCUGGAGACCCCUCUUUCCCCCUCCUCAGGAAGCAUCAUCACCAAGAGAAGCAUCGCCGGGACCCCGGAGUCCCUCCGUCUACCAUCGCCGAUGCUGGUGAUCUGGAAUCGCAGCCCUCUUCAUAUUUUGCCGACGAGAACCGGCCCGGGAUGACGGCGGCGGCGGAGGAAAAACUAGACUUGGUGACUCCUCUGCCGCUCGGGAUCCAGAGCAAGGCCGUUGGAACGGAGAGGAAACGGGUUGUAAGGCUAUUUGGUGAAAAUGGGGUCGAAGAGCAUCAUCAGCAGCAGCAGAAGACUGUGAAGCGGGUGAAGCUCGUGGACGGGAAGCUUCAGUCAGGGAAGCCGAGGCCUGGCACUCCCAUGGUAUGUGCUGGUGAUCAGGGUAGUGUUGGUGCUAAUUGUACCCCAAAGCAGUCAUCUUUGAGCCAAAACCUUCUGAGAUCAAUGAAUUUUGGGGCGGCUUCUUUAAAGAGGAUUGUAGCUCAGGGGAGCAAAGCUGCGAUUGCCACCCCAGCUCGAGGGAGCCCUUUCCCUUUAGAGGAACAUAGCAGCAGUUUGCCAGUCGAAACAUCAUCAGAGAGUUCUUCGACUGAUCCCUCUGAAGCUGAAUUGUGUGCUGCCAGUGGUCAGGGUGAGUUCUGCGAGAGCCCUCGGCUCCUCGGUCAGAAGAAUUCCAGAAUCCAGGUUGAGUUGGAUCACCUGCUAAACAUGUCGGCAAGGCAGUCGUCAGAGGAUGGGGGCUUGGGUAGGCAUAACCCCGAGGAUUCUUCUCGAAGGGUGUCAUCCUCUCCCUUCCACCACUCGCUCAGUUUGACUGUGUCAAAUUGUCAACAGCCGCCCUUCAAUCCAACCAAGUCUGCCUGUAGACCUCUUGUUCUGCUGGAAUCUCUAGCUAGCACAGCAAGACCAGUGGCACUCGGACUGCCUCCACGACCACCGAGCAGUAAGCUAGGGAUGGACUUGAAGAAGGGUAAGAAGGCAUUGAACCAUCAGGAAGACAUUCAUUCGCUCCGCCUACUGCAUAACUGUAAUCUUCAGUGGAGAUUCAUCAAUGCAAAAGCACAGGCAGCAGUUAACGCUCGGACCAUUGCAGCAGAGAUAUCACUUUAUAGCCAUGAAGCUAAGUUAUCAGAACUGCGAGAUUCUGUUGCGGUGAAGAGGAUUGAACUUGAAAAGCUUAAAAGAGAAAGAAAUUUGCAAGCUAUUGUUGAAGAUCAAAUGCCAUAUUUGGAUCAAUGGACUGGUCUUGAAGGAGAUCAUUCAAGUUCUCUUUCAGGGGCGAUAAAGGUUCUGCAGGAUGCUUCACUUCGACUUCCUGUCAUCGGGGAUGUGAAGGCAGAUAUCAGUGAGCUUGUUGAAGUUCUGAAAUCUGUGUUGGAUAUACUGGAGGAAUCAUCUUCUUGUGUCGGGAGGUUUCUACCACAGGUGGAAGGGGUGGAAGAUAUAAUCUCAGACCUGGCAAUGGUAGUAAGCAGAGAAAGAGCAUUGUUUGAAGAGUUCAGAUAUCUCAUAUCCAUGGUACAUGAGUUGCAGGUGAAGGAGUGCAGCUUAAGAAGCCAUCUAAUUCAACAGAAGCAAAACUGUGUAAAGUCAGGCAAGACAAGUGGUGAUACUUGAUUGUACUACAGGAAACUGUUUCUACGCAACUACAUUUCUUCCAAGUCUAUUCAGCAUACACCAUAGUGAGAAGACAAUUUUUUUCUUCUUCCAUAUCUUAUCUAAAUAAAGAGAAACCAAAAGCAGGAAGGGUUUCUUGUAUAGAGUCGGUCUGUUCUUUCAAUUGUUAGAGGGCCUGGUGAGUUCAAUAAUGGUUAAGAUUUGGGCAAAACAGGUUCUUGUCUGAACCUUAUUCCUUCCAUUAUCUGGCAGAAGAUAUUUUCAAUUAUCACAAUACAUGGUGAGAUCUUUUCAGCAAGAACUGAUGAGUCCAAAAAUGGAAUGUAUGGGAGUUAAAAUUUCAUUUGUAAAUGUUAUUCUUUUCAAGGCUUUCCCAAUGCUUGUCCAAA